CACAGUAAAGGGACAACGUGGGAAUUAUCUUGAUAAAAGAAAUCUUUCCAUACACUCUGCUAAUUCAACAUUUAUUUAGUACUACUAUAAAUGAAUUAAGCGCCGAAUCGGCCCAACAAAUUAAUCCUACGUUCCCAGAAAGCUGUUUCUGAAUCUUGUGCUAGGAGCCAUGAUGGAAUGGUCUUUCCAGCACCUCAAUGCUGCUGCAGUUGGACUGCUUGCUUUCUCCUUCUUCCUUGUCUACUUUUUCUUCAACAAAGAUGCCAAAAAACAUGGUUCAGUGCCACCAGAAGCAGGCGGUGCAUGGCCUAUUAUUGGCCACCUUCACCUCUUAGGAAGAGGUCCAGAAAAGCUUCCCCACAUUACCUUGGCAGCCCUGGCCGAGAAAUAUGGACCAGCCUUCACUAUCAGGCUAGGAGUGCAUAAAAACCUGGUUGUAAGCAGCUGGGAACUAGCAAAGGAGAUAUUCACCACCCAUGACUUGGCUGCAGCAUCACGUCCGAAUUCUUUGGCAAGCGAACUCCUAAGUUAUGACUAUGCCAGUUUUGGAUUCGCUCCUUACGGUGAUUAUUGGCGUGAGAUGCGUAAGGUAAUCUCCAUCGAACUACUCUCCACUAAACGCCUUGAGCUCCUCAAGCACGUCAGGAUUUCUGAGACUGACCUUUCCACCAAAGAUCUUUACAAUCUCUGGAAUUCUUCAUCAGGCCCUGUCCUGGUGGAAAUGAAGCAGUGGUUUGCAGACUUGAAUCUAAACGUGAUCCUUAGGAUGGUUGUGGGGAAAAGGUUCUUUGGGGCAACAGAUGUUAGCGAGGAGAAAGAAGCAAAGCUGUGCCAAAAGGUGAUGAGGGAGUUCUUUUAUUUAACUGGGCUGUUUGUACUGGCGGACUCUGUUCCUUAUCUGAGAUGGUUGGACUGGGGAGGGUACGAAAGGAAAAUGAAAGUAAAUGCUCAAGAGAUGGACCGGCUAGCCGACGGAUGGUUGAAAGAACAUCGUCGAAAGAAACAGUCGGGCGAGGCCACUAAUGAUCAUCAGGACUUCAUGGACGUCAUGCUCUCACUCACAGAAGGUGCAGAUUUUUCUGCUAGUUACGAUGCUGAUACUAUCACCAAAGCUACUUGCUUAGGUUUGAUUUCUGGUGGGAGUGAUACCACUGUAGUGAUGCUAACAUGGACGCUGUCUUUGAUAAUGAACAACCCUCGAGUCUUGAAGACGGCUCAAGAAGAACUAGACCUGCACGUCGGCAAGGAGAGGCGGGUUACAGAAUCAGAUAUUAGUAAUUUGGUCUACCUCCAAGCCAUCAUCAAAGAAACGCUACGACUAUAUCCACCCGGGCCACUGGGGGGCACCAGAGAAUUGAGUGAAGACUGUAUUAUAGGUGGCUAUCAUAUUCCAAAAGGCACAAGAGUAAUCCUGAACAUGUGGAAAAUCCAGAGGGAUCCUAACGUAUGGCAUGAUGGUCCGUUGGAGUUCAGGCCGGAGAGGUUCCUCACCACACAUAAGCAUAUUGAUGUGAAAGGUUAUCAUUUCGAAUUAAUCCCAUUUGGGGCUGGUAGAAGAAUUUGCCCUGGUAUUAAUUUGGGGCUUCAGAUGUUACGCCUAGUCUUGGCCAAUUUGCUCCAUGCUUUUGACCUCUCAACUCCUUCUAAUGAACCGGUUGAUAUGACUGAGAGCGCCGGAUUGACAAACAUCAAAGCCACUCCGCUCCAACUCCUUGUUGCUCCACGCCUGCCUCCUCACCUUUACUCGUAACUCAGUUUGGAAGGGAUCUAGUAUUUCAUAGUAAAAGCAAUCGUAGAAAUGUUUAUUCAGGACCUGAAUAAUACAAAUGAAUUGCAACUACAUAUAUUCUGUCUAUGAGAUGUUUCUUACUUGUCC